AUCAUUACUCUCACGGACACGAUCUCUGAUUGGUCAACAGAUAUUACUUAAGAGCUUAGCAUGCCCGGGUGGCUGUCUGAGGAAAGCUCUCCAGCCUGCAGACGGCCAAGUGUUAUUCUUCACACAUUUACAAGCAAAAGCAACCCUGCGGGUUAUGGCAACCACUGGAGUUGCGGUCAGCCGCACAGUUUCACGCCUGGAGGUUGGCCUGACCCUGCUGCCCCCUGUCCUGUGGGUCAGCCUCAGUCUGCUGCUGCUGCUGCUGCCUUCUGGAAGCUUCGAGCUGCCUGGAGAUGCUGCGUGUCCUCUUGCAGGCGACAGUCUCAUGUUGUCACCGCUCAUCGCUGCGGGACAGAUACACUUAGCUCAGGAGAAAAGUCGAGUGAGAUGUCUGCCCGGGGCUGACCUAGAGAGCUACUCAGGCUUCAUUAGUGUGGACAAACCCGAAUGUGGCAGCAAUCUUUUCUUCUGGUUCUUUCCUGCUCAGGAACGACCUAAAGACGCCCCCUUGGUGCUGUGGCUGAAUGGAGGGCCAGGUCGCUCCUCCAUGUACGGCGCCAUGUUUGAACACGGACCUUACCAGUUGACUAACCCCGUGUCAGAUUCUGUGGUGAGACGGAACGUGACGUGGGUGAAGUCCUUCUCUAUGCUCUAUGUGGACAACCCGGUUGGUGCGGGGUUCAGUCACACCAACUCCUGCUACUCACGAACACUAAAUGAAUCCACGGCCAGUCUCUACAGUUUUCUUCAGCAGUUCAUGCUCCUCUUUCCUCAGUAUUCGAAGAACGAUUUCUACAUCGGCGGACAGUCAUACGCAGGCAAGUACGUGCCUGCCCUGGGUUACUACAUACACCACCAGAUGGACAGCAACGACAAGCCGCGCAUGCGCCUGAAGGGAAUUUUUGUCGGAUCCGGAUAUUGCGAUCCAGAAAAGAUGUUGACACAGUUGCCAGAAACAUUAUACACCAUCGGCGUCUACACCGACUUUGAUCGCCGCCGGCACAUACAACGUGUCAUGGAUGGCUGGAGCAGUCCCGACCACAACCCGUACCACUCCACAGAUUCUCCAUUUUCUACACUGCUUGAGUACUACCUCUCCAUGGAUCAUACCUUCAAAGCGUUUUCUUACUACGACCAACGCCUUGACUCUUCACAAGAAGUGUCAAGGGAUCCCGCGCUCAAAGCCUUUCUGAACAAAGCGUCCGUCAAGAAUGCUCUUCACGCAGGUGGCAACGUCUUCAUUUUUGAACCGCCAUUCAAUCACUACGCUACGCUUGAAGCCAUCCAGGGUGUCAGGAGCGAGAUGGCCUUCCUAAUGGACCACUACAAGGUUCUACACUACACGGGCAAUAUGGACAUCAUUAUCAACGUCAGAAUGACGGAAGCUUUUCUGAUGGCCACACCGUGGUCAGGUCAGGCCGACUACAACAACAGUCAGCGAUACCCUUGGGGGUACAACGGACGGCUGGCUGGCUUCUACACCCAAGUCCGCAAUUUUACUCGUGUAAUCAUCAGGAAUGCAGGUCACGAUGCCCCAGCUGACCAGCCAGAGUGGACUCUAGACAUGAUGCAACGGUUCAUCGACGACAAGCCCUUCUGACCUCUCGUCAACCUGUGCUUUCUGACGGUUGGAGUCGCGGAGCCUCGUCACGAGCUGUUAUCACGACCACAACCCUGUUGAUCUUUGCUUUCAGUUUUAAAACUUACAGCAGUGCUGUCAAGAUACGUUAAAACAUUAAUAAAUCUUAUAUCUAGCCUGUGACAAUAGCGCCACAGUUUAUUUACUCUUGAAUACAAUGCAUUAUUAUUAUGUUGGGAUAAUCUAACUAUACUGGAGUAUGCAAGUUCAAUUGUUGAAAUUGAGUAGAAAGUUGCUUUUGUGUUUUAGUACAAUGUAAUCAAAUUUAUUACUGACACCUAGAAAACCUAUGUAACACUGCGUAGUUUAUAUUGGGAUGUGGACAGGAUAAUGUUGUGAAUGUUUAGUAAAUAUUUUAAACUUGCUGGCUUUGAGCAUCAUUUGUUCUAUAUAUUGUAACAAUCUAUCGCAUGCAAUCUAUCACCAUGUGUAGCUCAUAUCCAAGAAUACAAAGUAGAAAACCACCGUACAAAUGGUUUGAAAAUUUUUUU